UCCCCCUCCUCGGCCCCGUACCGCCUCGCCACGCCAGAAACCCUAGGAGGGGCAAAUCGCCGCGGCGAGGGGGCGGGCGUCGUCGUCGGGCGCACCGGUCGCCGUAGUCGAACCCCGAGAGGAAGUGCACCUCCAAGAUCUAGCCCUUCAAGCACAGAGUGGAGGUCGACCCAAGUUCUUCCAUCGACGGGGCGCGGGGGUCGGGUGUCGUGGGGCGCCGGAGUCGAACCCGAUCGAGCCUUCAAGCACCGGGUGGAGGUUGACGACAAGUUCUUCGAUCGCUCGUGCGCGGGGGUCGGGUGUCGCGGGGCGCCGGUCUCGAGCCCGAUUGAGCCCUUCAAGCACCUGGUGGAGGUCGACCACAAGUUCUUCGACAAGUCCCGGAAGAAGCUUGACGACCGCGAGAUUCUACAUCUGCAACUCCAGCGACCUCUGCUUCGAAUCUAUACAGUUUGACAACUCUGAUCCACCAUUACCUUGCUUAAUUUUGCCCCUGCUAAUCCCUGUUACUUCUGGUGCACCUGCAAUCGGCGAGGUAGGAUCGACGAUAGAUGUGUUGGUUCGUACCUAUCGGGAUUCGUCGCUAGAUUCAGAUUUCACAUGUAUCUAUACUUCUUCAAGAUGGUAAAUUGGAUGUGGGGCUGUCUUCAGGUUAUCCUAUUUUGCGAGCUUGUGGUUUGUGAGUAGGAAAUUGGCAUGCGCCGACACCUGAGAGAGCGUGGAGGUAGCACUACUUUUGGUAGAAAUAAGUUGUAUGGGCUUUCUCGUGCGUACAGGCUUUGAAUUGCGCUGCGUUUGUUGUUUGGGAACUGGUAUGUGCUGGAACAUGAGAGGUUGUCGACAUAUCACUUAGUUUUGGUACAAAAGAGCUUCAUUGGUUUUGCCACGCGUGGGUGGUUGUGACUUGUGGAAGUUUCUAUUUGUUGUUUGGUAAUUGGACUGUGUUUGCUCUGAUAGUAGUUUUGGAGUUGUGGACGUAGAUACUUCUUUUUGGUAUAGAUUGGUCGCAUGCAUUUUGCCGCGCUUGUGUGAUUCUGACUUGCACAAGUUGGCAACUGUUGUUCGAAGAUUAGGAUGUGUUUUCUCUUAUUGUAGUUUGGAGUCGGUGAAGUAGUGCUAAAGUUAGUUACACAUUACUUGCAUGGGAUUUUCCUGCUUUGCUGUGGCUGUGACUCGCGCAAGUUUGUAUUUGUGGUUUGGACAUUGUGGUGUUGCUCUGAUCGUAGUUUUGGAGUCGUGGACUAAGUGCUUCAUUUUUGGUAGAAGUUAGUUGCAUGGGUUUUACCACACAGAUGUGGCUGUGAGUUACUCAAGUUUCUAUUCGUAGUCAGAAAUUGGCAUGUCUUGCCCUGGUGUAGUUUUGGAAAACUGGGUGUAGCGCAUAGUUUUGGUGAAAAUUAGUUGUGCAUGUUUUGCCCUGCCAGUGUGAUUCACUUGUGUCAUGUUUUAUAUGCUGGUGUUGUUGCAUGGGUGUGGGGGUGUCAUCCAUUGCUUCAAAGUUCAUUAGCAGCAUUUAUUAAAAACUUAGUCACUCUAAUAUUCGAGCUCAAAUGACUCCUGGGUAAGCAUAUUCAUCCACGCUUUGUCCAAUCCAUGGUAUAGCUUGCAUUAACAAACACAAUAUUGCCAAACUGGCUUAUGGUUUACUUACUUCAUUAGCAAGUACUAAUGGUGGUAUAUGAUGGGAAAAGAUAUGUUGGAUGUACUUGAACUAGAAUUAAGGUAGGUGUAAAAUGACCACACUAGCCUGCAUAAUGUUACAGUUAACUAAUUUAUUAUUGUUUCACAGUGUAAUGAACUUUCUUGGCAAACCAUUCAAUAAUUUACCCGUCCUGGGAUUUAAGCAAUUGGGUAGAAAUGAACUCAACUCUGUAGAAUGAGUAGCGACAUCCACACUGGUUCUUUGGGGAUGGUAACUCACUAAAUUAGGUAGGCGUAUACCCAAAAAAAAUUAGGUAGGCAUAUUAUAGGAAAUGCAUCAUUUUUUCUCCUAUAAAUUAAGUUAUCUUUUAGCGAAUUAAUGUAAGACUAUAUAUAAAAUUUAACGCUCUCUCUUUGUAAGAUGUGGUGCCAUUCUACUUGGUUAGUAACCAUUUAGAUUUCUUGUUGCGUCCAGGAGCAGUGUAGAGUCAGGAGUGGAGUGAUUCCGAGCAGCCACUGAAUCUGGGCCGAUAGUGAGGUGCUGUUGUAUUCUGGUUCGGCUUGACGCGUUGAAGUCCAAGUCAAACGGUGGCACAGAUUACAAUUUCCUCCCCCCCCAUUUCAGCCUUGAAAAUGAGGAUUAUGCAGUUUGCUUUCCGGAGGAUAUGUUCCCUGAUUUCAUCUGAUGCAAACCGCCUUAAGCCGUGUUUGUCUCGUCACUUUUCUACCUUUGAAAAUUUUGAUGCCUAUCCAGUCAGUAAUGCAAUCUUGUAGGCAGACCUAAAAGCAAGGACGGAAGGGAGAUCAAUCCGUAUCUUGCCAAGAUCAUCAAGAUGAACCCAAGAAUGGUGUCUGAAAUAUUUGCUUAUGCACUGAGAUCGUUGGCGGUUAUUACUGUGGAAAACCAUCGGAUGGGGGUUCCUUUAGGUGCUGCUGUGAAGCUAUCUAACCUGAGGAUCUCUUAUUCUCAUGGUAAGUUUGUCUUGCUCAAUAUCCUGCCAAAGUCACCCGGCUACAAGGGUUUGACUCUGCAACAGAGAUGUAAUGAUUGGAUAGCAAUAAGAGAUCUUGUGAAGCAGUUGGUUGAGGAGGUUUGCGGGAGUGGUGUUCAAUAUCCUGUGGAUUUUGCCCACUGGCUUGAGAAGUUGGGUGAGCCUCAGCCACAAAUAUUCAUGAUACUAUACCAUACCGUGUUCCUAAGAUCGAAUGCCCGUUUCUAUUACCAUGUUUCGCUGGAUCAGUUCUGCAGAAAGGAACCAAGGGGCAAGUUCAACAUUAUUAUGAAUGAUUCUGAAUUGCGUGAGUUGCUGAGGGAGAUAGGUGACCUUAGAGAACUGUUAAACCUUGCCGAACUGAAUGAGUUUCUGAAGUGCUGUAUAGCAGGUGACGAUGGAACUCAAGCAGCUGCUUCUAAAUAUCCAAAGGGCGGGCAACCAAGCAAUGGUACAGGCCAGCAGGGUCAAGCACCACCAGCCACAGGCCAGCAGGGUCAAGCACCACCAGCCACAGGCCAGCAGGGUCAAGCACCACCAGCCACAGGCCAGCAGGGUCAAGCACCACCAGCCACAGGCCAGCAAAGUCAGCCAUCUCAAGCCACAGGCCAGCAGGGUCAACCAGCUGCUCGAGGUGGCCAGAGUCAAACGUUCAAUUCAAGUAAUGCUCCACCACAAGGUCAGCCAUCUCAAGCCCAAGGGAACUCAAUCCCACAAGGACAGGCAUUGCAAACUCAGGACCCUUAUGCACUGCUUCAGCAGGCCAGACUCAAAGGUGGGCACACCUUGGUUGCUGUCCACCGCAACAGCCCUGUGCAUGGUUGCCAAAAAACAUGUGUAGGCUUCUCUUUCAUUCAAAGAUCGAUGUUGAAUCGCGGUCAAUUAUUCAGAUCGUCUAUUUCAUGUUCCUUCCCUUCGACCAUACAGUUCUUGAGCUCUUCUGCAAGAAAGGGAUUCAGCAUCAAUUGGACAUGGAGUGCUUGUUUGGUGAGACUAGGGACACAUGGAAAUUUGCAAUAGACCAGCAUAAAUAUGAUGUUCAACAAGAAUGGGACUUACCAGAACCAAUCAACUAGUCCUAGAAGAUGGUAUACAAGCCCCUGAUGACAAGAGUGUAGCAUCAGUUGCUGCAAGAUCUUAACAAGCAAGCAUGUCCUGGUGAGGAGCAGCAGCUAUGGAUGAACAAUCCUGGUGAAACGUUUCCUUUUUCCUGUUGAUCUGGUCCCUUCCCCGGAAAGGAGGGACUAAUUUGGUGAUGUUCUCUAUCCAGUGAUGUAAUGGUGCUAGAACUAUCAUUUGCACUUUGUUGAGCAUGAUAAAUGUUUUUUUUGUGUGUUUUUUAUGUACAAAUGUGGAAUGAAUCUGCUUUUUGAGCUGAAAGUACAAAUAUUGUCUACUGAUGAUGUGUUCUUAUGCACAUGAUGAUGUUUCGUUGA